UCACUGGAUUAGCUCUUCUUAAAGAUAAAGAGCCCUUAUUGGACCCUUUUAUCCAAACCAGUGUAACUGAGAGCAGAAUCUGACUCCAUUUUGUCUUCAAAGAUUUCCCCCCUCUCUCGCUUUAGUGCACAGAUUGGCAGAUUUGCCAUCAGGAGGUUUUAAACAGGAUUCCGUGCCGACAGCCUCCCUGCUGCAGCCUGCGGAUAGGAAGAGGCAAAGAUGCAGAUGACCAAGAGCUCCCCCUUGCCCAGGCUGGGCUGUACCUUGCACCCUGGUUCUUUUUCAUUGUUAAACAUGGCCAAUUAAUCCAUGUGGGAAAUGUUCCAGCAGAAGGAUAGAGGCACCGUCCAAGCUGUUCAUAGCUCGGCUGCUAGGACGGCUCCGUAAGAAGCGCUAAGAAGGAUGGAGCCACCAAGGACACCGCUAGACACGUGCUCUUACACAUUGAUGCGUGCCACGGUUAGUUGUGUGUUGGAGUCGGGGAAGUAAAUCCACAGAGAAUAUGUUACACUUCCUUGGAUUUACAUGAUGAAAUGGCAACGGAGGUUCUAACUGAACAAUACAAUGUGUCUGAUGUUUGUUUGUUUUUUAACUUAACGCAGACCAGAGUUGCUGCCAGCAUGGCAUCGCCAGCGAUAAAGCAGCAGCACCCAUUCUCCCCCAGAGAACAGCAGCCGGAGAAUCAAGCGGAGAGCUUCAGGUCCAAAAGUUUGCCAGCUCUGAAUAGGUCUGCUCCUUGGAUUAUCACAACACAAAGCACCCUCCUUGAGGCAAAACGGAGUGUCUUGCACAGUUUCCAAGCGAGGUCUGACCUGAGAUCUGGCCUUGACACUGACAAAUCAGCUCACAGUAACGGUGCUGCUGCUGCUGCUUCUGGGACUGUAUUUUCUUUCACAGCCUCCAGCUUUUCAGGGGUCGGGAGUUUCACUGAGAGGACAGACUGUAAUAACUUUGCUGGCACAAGCAAAGGUGUUUCCCCAGCUUCCACGUUGCUAGCUCUCCCAGGUAGAAAGUGUCUCAGCGUGGUGUUGACAGAUUCCCGUUUCUUCUUGGUGUGCAUGUGCUUUCUGACCUUCAUUCAGUCCUUAAUGGUCUCUGGGUAUCUGAGCAGUGUUAUUACCACCAUUGAGAGGAGGUACAGUUUGAAAAGCUCUGAGUCUGGGCUGCUGGUCAGCUGUUUUGAUAUUGGUAGUCUGGUCGUCGUGGUGUUCAUCAGUUACUUUGGGGGGCGCGGACGGAGGCCACUCUGGCUUGCUGUAGGUGGGUUUUUCAUUGCUCUUGGGGCUGCACUUUUUUCUUUACCUCAUUUCAUCUCUCCAUCAUAUCAGAUCCAAGAAUUGAACUCUUCCCUCUCUAACGAGGGCUUGUGCGUGACUGGCAAUAAUACCGCCAAAGACCAUUUGGAGUCACCAGCCUGUGUCAAGGACUCAGGUGGAAAUGAUCAUUCCCUCUAUGUAGCUUUAUUCAUUUGUGCCCAAAUUCUCAUUGGCAUGGGCUCCACACCCAUCUAUACCUUGGGACCAACCUACUUAGAUGACAAUGUCAAGAAAGAAAAUGCAUCACUGUACCUAGCCAUCAUGUAUGUAAUGGGAGCACUUGGUCCUGCCGCAGGAUAUUUGCUAGGAGGAGUUCUUAUUGGUUUUUACGUUGAUCCUAGAACGACUGUUUAUAUUGACCAGAGUGACCCUCGAUUCAUUGGAAACUGGUGGAGUGGAUUCCUCCUUUGUGCCAUUGCAAUGCUCCUUGUGAUAUUCCCAAUGUUUACUUUCCCAAAAAAGCUCCCACCUCGACAGAAAAAGAAGAAGAAGAAGAAGAAAAUUAGCUCUGAUGACAUUUCAAGUGAUGAUGACGUCAUGAAAGAGAAAACAAACAGCAAAAGACAAGUUGAUAGUUCAAUUCCUGCUUCUAUGGGAUUUGGAAAGAAUGUUAAAGAGCUUCCAAGAGCAGCUGUCAGGAUCUUAAGCAACAUGACAUUCCUUUUUGUGAGUUUGUCAUACACAGCUGAGAGUGCCAUUGUUACUGCUUUUAUUACCUUCAUUCCCAAGUUCAUCGAGUCACAGUUUGGCAUCCCAGCUUCCAAUGCCAGCAUCUACACUGGUGUGAUUAUUGUCCCAAGUGCUGGUGUUGGCAUUGUGCUAGGUGGCUACAUUAUUAAAAAGCUCAAACUUGGUGCAAGAGAGUCUGCGAAGCUGGCUAUGAUUUGCAGCGGUGUGUCUUUGCUGUGCUUUUCAACGCUUUUCAUUGUUGGAUGUGACAGCAUUAAUCUAGGGGGCAUAAAUAUCCCAUACACAACAGGUCCUACACUCACUAUGGCACACAGAAAUCUGACAGGUAGCUGUAAUGUCAACUGUGGAUGCAAAAUUCAUGAGUACGAGCCUGUCUGUGGAUCAGAUGGAAUAACAUACUUCAAUCCGUGUCUGGCCGGCUGCAUCAAUGGUGGAAAUCAUAGCACAGGGGUAAGAAAUUAUACUGAAUGUGCCUGUGUCCAAAGCCGCCAAGUUAUCACUCCACCAACUGUGGGACAGCGCGGUCAGCUCAGGGUGGUUAUUGUCAAAACAUACCUGAAUGAGAAUGGCUAUGCUGUUUCCGGGAAGUGUGAUCGGACCUGCAGUACACUUAUCCCAUUCCUAAUAUUUCUGUUCAUAGUUACCCUUAUAACAGCAUGUGCCCAGCCAUCGGCAAUCAUAGUGACACUCAGGUCUGUGGAAGAUGGCGAGCGGCCUUUUGCACUAGGAAUGCAAUUUGUUUUAUUACGAACUCUUGCUUACAUUCCUACUCCAAUUUAUUUUGGGGCUGUUAUUGACACCACGUGCAUGCUUUGGCAACAGGAUUGUGGUGUGCAAGGAUCUUGUUGGGAAUACGAUGUAACUUCAUUUCGCUUCGUUUACUUUGGAUUGGCAGCUGGUCUCAAAUUUGUGGGAUUCUUUUUUAUUUUUCUGGCCUGGUAUUCCAUUAAAUAUAAAGAAGAUCAGCUGCAGAGGCAGAGAUGGAGGGCCUCACCUGUAAACACAGUGAGUGAGAUGGUUGGCAAUGCAGGACCUCAACAAAACUAUGCCCGGACUAGAUCCUGCCCUACUUUUAGUGCUCGAGGGGAGCACACUGAAGACGUCUGUCUGGCACGAGGAAUGAAUUACAUAGCACAGACAUAUCCUGGCCCCUUUUCAGAAGCAAUAAAUUCCUCAACUGAAAAUGCACUGGAGGAAGUCACUGCUGAAAUAUAA